AUGGCAAUUCAACAGACUCAGAUGUGUUGUGACGCGAGCAGUUACCAGGCGAGCGUGUUGGUGCUGACCUUCCUCACGUACAUGACGUACCACCUGACGCGCAAGCCGAUAUCCGUGGUGAAGAGCGUGCUGCACAGGAACUGCAGCGAGCUGGUGCCGCCCCCUGGCGUCGACCCCGCUGAUGACAACUGGUGCGACUGGGCGCCCUUCAACACGGACGAUGCUAAUACAUUAUUGGGAGCAUUGGAUUCAGCCUUUCUGUUUUCAUAUGCGGGCGCCAUGUUUGUUUCUGGCAUGGUGGCUGAACGAGUAGACCUGAGAUACUUCCUGACGCUGGGCAUGCUCGUGUCGGCGCUGUUCUGCUUCAUGUUCGGCAUGGGCUACACGUACUCCAUACACAACAUCACCUUCUAUCUGGUCGCGCAGGCGGGCGCGGGCAUCGCCCAGACGACCGGGUGGCCGGGCACGGUGGCCAUAGUGGGCAAGUGGUUCGGGAACGACAAGAGGGGGCUCAUAUUCGGCAUCUGGAACGCCCACACCUCCCUGGGGAACAUAUUGGGCACGCUGCUGGCGGCGGCGUACGUGGAGGGCGCGUGGUCGCUGUCGUUCGUGUACCCGGCGGCGUGCAUGGCGGCGGCCGCGCUGCUCGUGCUGCUGUUUCUGCCGCCCGAGCCGCGCCACGUGGCCGUGCUGCUGCCCGCCCCGCCGCGCCGACCCGCCCACGCCGGCCCGUCCAGAUCGUCACGGUCCGAUGAUGAAGAGGAACCGCAAGUGAUCGUCGGAGACCAGUACCAGACGGAGGAGGAGGCGACGGAGGAGACGUCGCUGCUCCGUCACUCGUCGACGUCGCAGACUAGUGCCGUCUCGCUCUCGCGCGCGCUGCUCAUACCGGGCGUGAUCGAGUUCUCGCUGUCUCUUUUCUUCGCGAAGCUAGUCAGUUAUACGUUCUUGUAUUGGCUGCCCCUCUACAUCAACACCAGCACGCACCUGACGCCCACGCAGUCGGGGCGCCUCAGCACGGUGUUCGACGUGGGCGGGGCGGCCGGCGCCAUCGCGGCGGGGCUGCUGGCCGACCGCACGCGCAGCCCCGCCACCGUCUGCGCCGCCUUCUACGUGCUCGCCGCGCCCGCGCUGCUGGUGUACUCGAUGUGGGGGGCGAGCGGCUACUGGGUGAACCUGUCGCUGCUGGUGGUGGGGGGCGCGCUCGUCAACGGGCCCUACGCGCUCAUCACCACCGCCGUCAGCACCGAGCUCGGCACGCACGCGAGCCUGGCGGGCGACGCGAGCGCGCUGGCCACCGUCACCGCCAUCAUCGACGGCACCGGCAGCGUCGGCGCGGCGGUGGGCCCGCUGCUGGCGGGCGUGGUGUCGGCGCAGGGCGCGUGGCGGCGCGUGUUCUACGCGCUCGUUGCGUGCGACGCGUGCGCGCUGCUGCUGCUGCUCAGGAUAGUGAAAUCUGAAAUUGGGAAAUUGCGUCAGGAGAGGAGAAGUACGCGCGACGUACGAAUAGAAUGA